UCUCAAGAAAGCGUGAAUCUCGCUCAUUCACUUCGUCCUCCCACAAAGGCGUGCUGCAAACGGCAAAAGCGACCUACAAAACCGAUUCUUCGGUCUCUUUCUCCCACUCUUCCUCAUCACCAACACACAACUACAAACACAACAUCGAAUUCAUACUCAGCAACAACUUCCACCUCCGCUCUCGAUCCAACUCCCACGACCAAACCCACUCAAAUCUACCAAAUGUCUUCUUCCGCCCAGCAACAAGCUCCCGCUGGUUCCAGCUCCACCUCUUCUUCAGCCAACCUCUCUCAAGCCUCCGUCACAAACACCCACCAUGCACAGCCCGCCCACCCAUUCUUCAAGUCUGUGAGCAAUGAUGGACUCCCCCAGGGCAAAGGAAGCAAGGUCCAACCAUGGAAGGCACACUAGACGGAAGAGGAGCAGGCUUCAGAGGGUGGAAAGAUCGUGGUUACAUGCCCGAAGCUAUGCAAUUACGGAAGAAAUAUUGUGGGAGGCUCAUAAGUCCAAGCUGAAGGCUUAGAGGUGAUCUCUACAGGUCUUCAAGACUCACCUUGAGUAGGGAUUUGAGUGAUCUCUAUGAUCCAUCCGGCGAUCCAACUCACAGCUUAUGUGAUUGUGUUUUCAUCGCGUUGCAUUUCGAGAACAAGAUUUUGCUCAGGCGUCUGCUAGGCACAAUACUAUUCAUUGAC